UACCCAAUCCCUGGCGAGAAACGUUUAAGGGGCGGGGCUUGCAGCGGAAGUGUAGAAGCGACGUGUGCUUUCAGUGGAGCUGUUCGGCUUUGAGUGAGCUGCUCCAUUUGUAAGGAACACCAUGGUACUGUUAGAAAACGACGCGUUUCUCACUGAACUCACACGCCUCUUCCAGAAGUGCAGGACCAGCGGCAGUGUGCUGAUCACCUUAAAGAAAUACGAUGGGAGGACGAAGCCGGUGCCGAGGAAAGGCCAUCCGGAGACAUUUGAACCAGCUGACAAUAAAUGUCUCAUCAGAGCAUCAGAUGGCAAGAAGAAGAUUAGCACAGUGGUCAGCACUAAAGAAGUAAUAAAAUUUCAGAUGGCGUACUCCAAUUUAUUGAGAGCACACAUGGAUGGCUUGAAGAAGAAAGACAAGAAGAGUAAAAGUAAGAAGACUAAAGCUACACAGUGAUUAAAAAUACCAAGGAGAGAGAGAGAGAGAGAGAGAGAGGAGCUGUUUAUUUAGCAAGACCACCUUCAGUGACAUCCAAUACUCACCUGUGCCGACCUCAACAGCUUUUCCUUCAUGCUGGGGGUGGGUGGCACUCUAGCAACCGAAGGAGUGGAGGCCAUUUUCUCUGCCCGAAUAUUAUCUUGACAUCUUCCCUGUUCAAAACUGGUCAAGAUUUUGCUACAGUCAUCGGGUAUAAUUUGGUGGUGCCAUAUGAUGUUGCUGUCUUUGAUUACAAACCAUUUUUUUUCCCCUCAAUUUUUAAAUGCGUCUUAAAAGCUCACCUAGCCUCUGCUCCUCAUGUUGGAAGUUCACCACAAAUGUCCAGGAUUUAAAUCCUCCAGUGUACAGAUUUGUUUUUGACUUCAGAGGAGUAUAUACAUUUUUAUUCUGAAAGAUACUUCUAUGUUUAUUACUAGAGUCAUCCAUAAUUAAUUUGUCCCAAUCAAUAUUUGUGCCUUUGACACAUUUUUUUCCUCCCUUCCAUGCAUUUUUGGUACAAACCCAAAAUGGACUUCUAGGUUUACAGUUAUUGUUUCACUUGUUGGCCCAAACAAUGCAAUGAGCAAAUAUCACAAUGUUUAGAAGAGCUGUUAACUUAUUUUGAGUCCGAAAUAAAAAAUGUCCCAGGCUUUUUCUGUGUAA